AGCAGAAACUCCAAGAGUUUCACAGCGGAAGUGUUCGUCUUCCAGGAGCCGAGAGAGAGACAGACUUCAGCGGGACUCAGGUGGCAUGAUGUCGGCUCGGCUGCUGGUUGGGGUCGGGACUUCGGGGCUCGGGUUUCGGGCUUCGAGAGACGGUUUGCUGCGGGGCUGUGGAGCUGGAUGUGCGGGCAGGAGGCAGCAGCAGAGACGGGCUUCAGGUGCAGAGGCGGCCUUGAAGAGGACCCCCCUGUUUGACUUCCACAGACGGCACGGGGGGAAGAUGGUGGAGUUUGCGGGCUGGGCCAUGCCCGUCCAGUAUAAAGACAGUCACAUCGCCUCACACAUGCACACCAGAGAGCACUGCUCCAUCUUCGACGUCAGCCACAUGCUGCAGACCAAAGUCCACGGCAGAGACAGGGUGAAGUUCAUGGAGUCUCUGGUGGUGGCAGAUAUCCAAGAACUGAAGGACAACCAGGGUACGUUGUCCCUCUUCACCACUGAGAGAGGAGGGAUCAUUGAUGACCUCAUCGUGACAAAGACAGACCAGGGUUACCUGUACGUGGUCUCCAACGCCGGCUGUGCCGACAAGGACUCCGCCCACAUGAAGGCCAGACUGGCAGAGUUCAAAGCAGCAGGUUUUGAUGUGGAUCUGGAGUUUCUUGAUGAAGCUCUGAUCGCUCUGCAAGGUCCCUCCAUGUCGCGGGUUCUCCAGGAGGGGCUGAAGGAAGACCUCAGUAAGCUGACCUUCAUGACCUCGGCCCUGGCCGCUGUGUUUGGUGUCCCUGGCUGUAGGAUCACUCGCUGUGGAUACACCGGAGAGGACGGGGUGGAGAUCUCCGUCCCUCAGUCCAGAGUGGUGGAGCUGACAGAGAGGCUGCUGGGUAACAGCGAGGUGAAGCUGGCCGGUUUGGGUGCCAGGGACAGUCUGAGGCUGGAGGCGGGGCUUUGUCUCUAUGGCAACGACAUAGACGAGACCACCACACCUGUGGAGGCGACGCUGGUCUGGACCAUAGGAAAGCGUCGCCGUCAGACAAAGGAUUUCCCGGGCGCUGACAUCAUCGUCCCCCAGAUCAAAGCCAAGACGGCGAGGAAGAGAGUCGGCCUGGUGUCCACCGGCCCCCCCGUCCGUCAACACACCCCCAUCCUCAGCUCUGAUGGACAGGUUAUAGGUGAGGUGACCAGCGGCUGCCCCUCCCCCUGCCUGAAGAAGAACAUUGCCAUGGGUUACGUGGACGCAGCGUUCGCUAAGAACGGAACAAACAUCCAGGUCGAGGUCAGGAAGAAAGCAGUGCCGGCCACCGUCAGCAAGAUGCCCUUCGUCCCCACCAACUACUACUCUGGAUAGGACACACACACACACACACACACACACACACACACACACACACACACACACACACACACACACACACACACACACACACACACACUGGAGCAUUGCACUGCUCUGGCCCUGGUUCACUGAUGUCGCCCUCUUCUGUUUACCUCUGGAAAUACACCAAUGGAAAACUGAAAAGUCUGAAUACAUGAGUUCUGAGAGAAAAAGAGGCACUGAGAGUUUCACAGACACUAAAGUCAUUUACUUAAUUAGCGAUGUACUUAAUCAGUUUAUACAGGACGUUAAAUAGAAGGCUGACUCUACCUACAGCAGUCACAUGGUUUCACCUGUAGCGAACUGUGAGCAGUUUACAGAUGAGAUGGAGUAAAUGACAUCAGUGUGGUUGAGUCGGAUAAUGAAUGUGUGACCACAGUCUGGACCUGAGGUUCUGUGACAUGGUCCAUAGACCAGAGUCUGAUUUUCUUUUUCAGGUUGAACUGAAUCAGCUCGCAGCUCUGGAUCCUUUAAACACAAGUAUUUCAUCAGCCUUUGUUGUAGAAAAUAUGUUUUACUAAUGAAACAUGAUAUUUCAUCUUUCACUGCUGGACCAAAACAAAAACAAUCCAAAUCAUUCUUUUCAUGUGAAAUCACUGCAUCUCUGUACUUCUGUUUUAUAAGAUCUUUUAAAUAUAGUUUUUUAUUAAUAUUAUUGUUAAUAUAAUAUUGUUAUAUUGUUAUAAUAAUAUUGUUAAAAGCUUGAUGAAGAAGGUCAAACAGGACCAGCUCAUAAUCCUGAAACAUGAUUUGUCCUGUUGAUGUGAUCAAACCUGACCAGUUUCUCUGACUGUUCAUAAUGCAGUGAACCUUAAAGAUAAGUUUACACUACAUGUGGUUCACUGAUAGUCUAACUUCAGAACAUGUUAAUGGUCAUUAUGUGUGCUCUGUCUAACUACUGGUGAAAUCUAAUUUCUUCUUUACGCUGUGUGUGUUAUUUUAUUGAAAUAAUAACAUACUAAAUAUAGAAAUAAAACUACUGCUUUAAAGGUAGUCUUGAAGGUGCACUGUGUAUGAGUGUGGACUCUAAUAUUUAGGU